AUGUCUUCCACACAAGAACAAGAAGAUGAAAUUAUUGUUGUAUCAAAUGCAUUGAAAGAAGAUCAUUUACCAGAAUCUUCACCUUCAUCAGAACCAGUGAAAAAUACUGAUUCUGCUUCACGUAAAAAUAAUUCUAAAUUUACAACUACAUCAUCAUCUAUCAACGUAACCAAACGUUACAUAUCAAAGUUUAAAAAAGAAUGGUUAUCGAAUCCAAAAUAUUCGUCGUUUUUAAAAGAAUGCAAAAAUGAUCGAACAAAAGCAUUAUGUUGCAUUUGUAAUGUACAAUUCUCGAUCCAAAAUAGUGGUAUAACUGAUAUUAACACUCAUAUGAAAACAAAAAAGCACCAAGAUUGUGUAAAAUCAACUGAAGCUAAUAAAUCAAAAACAAUAGAUGCAUCCUUUAGUACAACUACAAAUGAACUUAAUCGCUUGUCUGCUGCCGAAGGAGCAUUAGUAUUUCACGGCGUGAAGCAUUCACAUAGUUAUUUGUCUCAAUCGUGCACCAUCAAUAUGAUGAAAAAGUGUUUUCCAGAUUCUUCUAUAGCAAAAAAUAUAACAUAUGAUAAAACCAAAGCACGUGAAAUAGCUUGUAAUGUAUUAGCACCAGUAUUUACAAAGACAAUUAUUCAAGAUCUUAAAAAUGUUUCGUAUUUUUCCAUUUCUUAUGAUGCAUCAACUAAAGGAAAUGCAAAAAUGUUACCUAUUGUUGCACAAUAUUUUUCUACAUUUGGAAUAAAUCAUGGAAUUAUUGCGUUUAUCCAACAACAACAUGAAACAGCUGAUAAAUUAUUUUUUAAUAUUAAAUAUGUGUUAGAAUCCAAUGAACUUAAAUUAGAACAACUUAGUAAUUGUUAUUGCCACAUUUGUCACAAUUCAGUUAAACAUGGAAAUGAUCAUCUUUUAUUUGAUAUUGAAAGUGCUAUGUUGAAAAUUUAUGCUCAUUUCUCCAGGUCAUCAGUUCGUUUAGAAGAAUUAUCAAAUUAUUUUGAUUUUAUUGAACAAGAACAGAAGGUUAUUCUUCAACAUAUUCGUUUACGUUGGCUUAGUCUUUUACAAUCAAUUCAACGUUUAAUUAUUGUUUAUCCAGUGAUUAAAAGCUAUUUUUUGAAUAUUGCACAUGGUCAAUGUCCAAAACUGUUACUAGAAUUUUUUACUUCAAAUAAAGCUGAAUGUUCAUUAUACUUUUUGAAGAAUGUAUUAACAGAAGUACAAGAAGCUAAUUUACAAUUACAAAGAUAUUAUACAACCGGUGUUACUUUAUACUCCAUAAUAACAGAUUUAUUACGUAGAUUAAAUAAUCGUUUACGUGAUGAUUAUUUUGGUUCUAAAGUGAUGGACUUAUUAGAAAAAAUUCAACAUCCAACUGAAGUUGAUGAUUUAAAAAAAUCAUUUCGAUCAUUCAUUCAAACAGUUAUCCAAUAUAUUGAAAAUUAUUACCAAGAUCGUUCUUUAUUUUACAAAUCAAUAUCAAUUUUUAGUGAAACACAUAUUGAAACAAUUGAAUGGAAAAGUAUUGAAUAUUGUACUACAUAUAUUAAUACCACAAAUAUUGAUAAAGAUUGUUUAUACAACGAAUUCAAUUAUAUUCGAUCAAAAUAUGUUGGAAUCAAGGACAAAUUUGGUGGAAUUUAUAAACAGGUGCAGAAUUUUAUUUCAUCAAAUUUAGUCUCAACAAAACAAAUUGAUACAACAUUAGAUAAUGUAUGCGACAUCGACGUUCAAAAUAACUGUGAUACAGAUAAUGAAGAACAAGAUGUUAAAUUUCAUAAAGAACACAAAAAUCAUUUUAUAAGAUGUGAUCAAUUAUGGGCUUAUCUUCUUUAUGAUGAAAAUGUACCUAAUUUACGAAAAUUAAUUGAAUUUGCUUUUUCAAUACCAGCGUCAAAUGCUUUUUGUGAAUCAAUCUUCAGUCAUAUGAAAUUUUUAUGGAACAAUCAUCGAAACAACAUGAAGAAUGAACUUAUAGGUGCAGAACUAAAAAUUAAAAUGAAUAACCAUUAUGGCUAUACACAAUUUUAUAAUUAUCUUUACAAUAAUCCAGAUCUACUGAAACAAAUUCGCUCAUCAGAAAAAUACAGUCAUAUUGCAAAAGUGCCACGUAAGGUUUAG